AUGAUGAUGGACACGACCGUCGAUACUGACGGUACGGCGUUCAUUUGUCCUGAGUGCAGUUUCAAUGGAAAAAGCUUACCUGAACUAAUUAGCCAUUUGAAUGAUGCACACAGUGAAGAAACUGCUAGUAGAAGUGAAGCACCGCCAAAAAAUGCUUCAUCAUUACUAAAACCUGAAAAGCGAUCUAGACGUAAGCCAGCUUUCAGCCAUCAGAUUGUUUCUCAAGUACCUCGUCAAUCAUCAACAUUAUUCAGUCAGCAAACACCAUCGAAUAUUGAGUCAGACCCAAAUCAAUUUUUGAAUCGCAUUUCAACACCAGAAAGAAAUGGCACAAAAUUUAUACCAACUGUUACUGAUGAUUCAUCGAUACAGAUGAUUAGUGAUGAAAAUACAAACAUCAAUGUCAAUUCAAAGGAUUCGUUAAAUUCAAUCGCUGCUGCUGCUAAACGAAACCCGAAUGUACUUCAUUCUAUUCUUAGUCAACAACGCCCGAUUGCGCCGAAAAAUGGAUCACCAACAGCGACAAAAGCGACACCAAUAUCUUCACCAUCAUUAUUACCAUUAGUAAAUUCCUCGCCUGGCAUAGACAAUUCAUUUUAUUUACCAACCAAUCAUUCAAUGCAACCAUAUAAAAAGAAUUUUCAAUGUAAAAUGUGUCGUUUAACUUACAAAAAUUUUCAUGAUUGUACAGCUCAUAUACGUAAAAAACAUGAAAUAGAUCAUGCACUUGCUGGUCGUUACGUUGACAAACUUGAUGAAGACGUACCACUACCACCAUCAGCAACAGGAAACUAUAAAUUUCGUAUUAAAGGUAAAUCAUUACCACCACCACAACAAGCGAAUUCUACAUCAACAAUGAAACGCACAUCGUUGACGCCAAUGGCGCACGAUGAUUCAACAAAAAUUUUACAAUGUAAAUAUUGUUCAUUUACAACUCAUUGGUCAAAAGAAAUAAUAAAACAUCAACGGAUAGUACAUUCAAAUUAUCCGCCACAUAUUUUACAAAAUGAUUAUGUACACGAAGAUAAUCAAUUUCAUGAUGAAAUUGAUGAUGAUAAUGGUUUAUCAGCACUUUUAAUUGAUCCAGUACGAGCUUUUGGUGAAGUUAUUGAUACUAUUGAUAGUUCGAACGGAAAUGAUUAUGAAGAUGGUGACAGUCAAGAUGAGCAAAUGAUGAUGGGCCAUGAUAUUGAUGAUGAUGAAGACGAUGCUCUAUGGAAAUAUCAACAAGAAAUAAAUGAUUUGUCUGAAUCGGGCAUCACAACAGCUGUUAACCAUGACAGAAAUAAUUCAAAUUAUUUAUUUGCCAAACAAUUUAAAAAAUUUCGUUGUCCACAUUGUGAACAUGCAUCGCCAACAUUGACAAAACUUAAACUUCAUGUUGCAACACAUAUAAAUAUCAAGCCAUUUAUGUGUUCAAUAUGUGGUUGGCGUGCUAAUCUUCGUUGGUAUAUUCAGUGUCAUGCAAAAAAACGUCAUCCAAAUAUGAAUUUCGAUGUUUUACAAUUAUCACACGAAGAAGCUGAACAAACAAUAAAUGCUUAUAUGAAAGAACGUGGUCUUGAUUCAAAAUUGAAUCUUAACGGUCAAGAUUCAAAACGCUACUAUCAAUGUUCAUUAUGUCAAUUUCGUUCAAGUCAUCCAAAAUUCAUUGAACAGCAUAUUCAUACAAAUCAUCCAAAUAAAUCGUUUGCAAAAAUGAUUGUAAAUAAAAGACCAGCACAAACACUACCAACAGCACCAUCACAACAGCAGCAGCAGCAGCAGCACCUAAACAAUAAAACAACUUCAUUCUUACAAACGAAUGGUCAUACAACGAAACAAACUCAUAAAAAUGAUCAUGAUGAUAAAAUCUAUUCAAAAUUUAUGAUUAAACCACCAAUAAAAUCAAAUUAUCAAAAAUUAAAUGGUGAUUAUCAAGAUGAACAAAAUAAAUGUGAAAUGAAAUCUCAAACACUUUAUAAUCGUUCAAGUUUAAUACAAUCUGAUGGCACUAUGCGUUUGCCUGAUCCAUCACAAAUUGUUUAUCCAAAGUUUUCUUCACAUCCACAUUUUAAUCCAAAUCGUCUAUUUUAUUGUGCAUUAUGUUAUCGUGGUUAUCGGUGGCGUUAUGAUGUUAAACGUCAUCAUAAAACUUCGCAUGAAUCACCUGAAAUUGAAGCGGCCAGGGGCUUGUCUAUGAGCCCGAAAUCAGUAAAACGUCGUAACAAAGAAUUUAAUCGAAAUUUUCGUUAUUUAGAAUAUGUACCACAAGUCGAUGGCCUUAUAUCAGCAUCGAUGUCAAGUGUAAAUAAUCAUUAUUCAGUAAAACAAGAAAAUGGUUUCGACGAUGAACGCAUGUUAGGUGGUGCUACAACUGAUGAUGAUGAAGGUGAAGAAAGUCAAGAUAAUGAACUUAAAUUGAGUAUUAAUGAUGCACGUACGGUUGAUGUUACCGAAGAUGAAGCAGCAGCUUUAUUAAUGAUUGAACCACAAAAAUCAGAUAGUAGCUCAAUUAUUCUUAAUGAUAAUCCCGAUGAUGCAGUAAUUGUAUUUGAAGAUGAUCGUCGAAAUUCGAAUGAAUCGAAAGAUAGAAGUUCAUUAUUAUCAAAUGAUACAUCAAAAUUAGCAGCUCGCACGUCAACUGGUUUGAAGCCAUAUCGUUGUCCAUAUUGUUUCUAUCGAACCAAUUGGCGAACAGAUUCUCUACGACAUAUUCGUGCACGUCAUAAAAUUGAACCUACUCAAGAUGGUUAUCUUGAAAUGACAGCAGAAGAAGCUGAACAAACCUAUGCUGAAUAUGAACGUACAUUUGGUUUUGUUGUUUCAAAAAAAGUUUUAGGGCGCUUUACUGAUUUUCGUCAUAUUGAAUGGAAUGAUUUACAAAAAUCAAUUUGGGAAAAAAUUAAAGAUAAACAAGGUUACGAACAAAUUAUAUAUGACCGUCUACGACCAGAUAAUUAUUCUGAAACAAAAUAUUCUGAACCAACAAAUGUAAUUCCUAAUCUACCACCAAAACCAAUAGUAACACCGAUAUUAAAUAAAGUAACAAUUGUAAAACCAAAACGCAUGUUUGCUUGCACGAACUGUGCAUUUCGUUCGCACAAACUUGUUGAAUUAGAUAAACACAUUUGUGAACGAAUACAAAAAUCUCAAAAUGAAAAACCACAUGGAAAAUUUCGUGUUUCACUUUAUCAAUGUUCAGAAUGUUCGUAUCGAACAAUAUACAAUGAUUAUGCACGAAAACAUAUUUAUUUACAUCGAUUAAAAAAUAGAAAAAUGAAACGUUUUUAUUAUUGUUCAGUGUGUGGUUAUAAUCAUACUCUGAGAAAUAGAUUAACUGUACAUAUUGCUAAACAUCAUCCAAUUAAUAAUACAUUAACGACAACUAUUUCUUCACAGUAUCAUCCUAAUGCUGAUUUCACAAUCAAACAAAUUAAUUUACGCCGAUCGUUCGUUGAACGUCAAUUGAAUAAUCGUAAAUCAAUGCAUACUCGAGUUUUUUAUUGCACUCAAUGUCCACAUGUAUCAACGUCAGUAUUAGAGCAUGAUCAUCAUCGAUCAUGCCAUGAAGAAAAUUCAUUAUCGUUGUAUAAAUGUAAUCAAUGCACAUUUGCAUCGAACUCUUUAUUGUAUACACGUCAACAUAAUAUGUUACAUUCAAACUCAAGUCGAUUAUUAUCUUUGCAUAUUGACACAAAAAAUUUGAAACAUCUCGCUGUUUCAACAAUUUUUCACGAAACUCUUGGUAAAAAUCGUCGUUAUCAUUGCCCAUUUUGUAAAAAAUUCUCAUCCAGUACUUCAUCAAUUGUACUCGGUCAUAUUAAAAACAUCCAUACUGGGAACAGUAAUCAAUUUGAUGAUAGUUUAAUAAUCGGUUCGGAUAUGGCCAAAGAAAUACUUGCACUAAGAGGAGAUAAGGUAACUGAUGAUUCACGUAUGGAUAUUAGUUAA